ACGCUCAGACUGCAUUCUCUCUUUUGCUGUUCACACAGAGGAGACCGACGCUGUAAGAUGGCCAGGACCAAGCAGACCGCCCGUAAAUCCACCGGAGGAAAAGCUCCCAGGAAGCAGCUCGCCACUAAGGCUGCCCGUAAGAGCGCCCCGGCUACCGGAGGUGUGAAGAAGCCCCACCGUUACAGGCCCGGGACUGUGGCUCUGAGGGAGAUCCGCCGCUAUCAGAAAUCCACCGAGCUGCUGAUCCGUAAGCUGCCGUUCCAGCGCCUGGUUAGGGAGAUCGCUCAGGACUUCAAGACCGACCUGCGCUUCCAGAGCUCCGCCGUCAUGGCUCUGCAGGAGGCUAGCGAGGCUUACCUGGUCGGUCUGUUCGAGGACACCAACCUGUGCGCCAUCCACGCCAAGAGGGUUACCAUUAUGCCCAAAGACAUCCAGCUGGCCCGCCGCAUCCGCGGAGAGAGGGCUUAAGCUGUUCUGAGACCAGUUUACACCAAACACAACGGCUCUUUUAAGAGCCACAUACACGCACUCAGAGCAGCGGUUUACUGCACAGACUCUGCACUACCUGGGCCUCAGCUCAGUGCUGUUUGCAGUCUACUGCUCACUUACAGAGAAUGCAGUGUGGGUUAGUUUCAAUAAUUGUAUUAGUACACAGGUAUGUCGGGGGGGGGGGAUAGUACGAUUAUGUCACGGAAUGAAGUGUAGCGGUGCAGUCCAGGCACAGCGUCACCAGAACCAGCACAGAGCUGCGUUUUAGUGAUGAUUACAGGACAGGUCAGAGGCUAGCAGCUGGAUGAAGGCGUUUUGAGGCAGUUUUCAGUGUGGAGGACAAAGUUUCACUGAUCCAGGUCUUAAACCUCAUCAUCUCCCUAAAAAGCGUUUUUAUAUGAACACUGAAUGAAGUUUGGGGAGAAAAACUAAAGCUCCAGUUCAAUAUAAAAUAAACUGUCCUGAAUGGCAGAGAUGUGCAAUAAUAACAGAGCCAUGUCUCAGUGUCGGGUCUCGCAGCCUGAAUGUGCACUUCAUCAUUUAUAAUUGAAAUGAUCAUUGUGACCUGUUUGAUCUGCUGCUUGGACGUUUUGCUCCAUGUUCAUUCAUUAAACAUUAAACUGCUGAAACUACUGUUAAAUAGAAGCAGGCUGGGCAAAGAGCUACCAGAA